AUGACUCUUCGUCUUCAUGAAAGAUAUGUAGUCGCCGUCGGUGUUCUGUUCUUAGUCACUGUAUGUUUAUCAUCCAUUUUUUUCCUACCAUCAACUGGAGCUGAUGGCUUCAUACAUGCUCAAGAGUUUGUUCCGAUGGUUCAUGAUCCUAGAGCGAGGGAAAAAGUGAAAGAUUGGGAUUUAAAUGCUCUUAAGCAAAAGGUUGAGCAAGCAGCGAUCAAUCCCCCUCCUAUUCCUAAACCUGAUAUCGGAGCAGCCGAUGACAGUGAAGGUAGAAGAGUUUCUAUCAAACAGAUGAUGAAGUUUGCAUGGGAUGGGUAUGUCAAAUACGCUUGGGGAUCUAAUGAGUUGCGUCCCAUUUCCCGCACAGGACAUUCCGCUUCAAUUUUCGGGUCUGGAGAUAUGGGGGCUUCAAUCAUAGAUGCUAUCGACACUUUAUAUAUCAUGGGUUUCAAGGAAGAAUAUCAGGAAGCUAGGAAAUGGAUUGAAAUGAACUUGGACUUCAAACGCAUUGCUAAAGGAGAUAUAUCUGUUUUUGAAACAAACAUCCGAUUUGUUGGAGGACUUCUUGCCAUAUAUGCUUUGACCAACGAUAAAAUGUUUCUCAAGAAGGCUGAGGAUAUUGCAACUAUUCUAUUACCGGCCUUUGAUACUCCAACUGGUAUCCCCUUAGCUCUUAUUAAUGUUCAAACAGGUACUGCCAAAAACUAUAACUGGGCUAGUGGUGGUUGCUCGAUUCUAUCAGAGUUCGGGUCCAUACAAUUAGAAUUCGAUUAUUUAUCAAAUGCCACAGGAAAUCCCAUAUUUGCUCAAAAAGCUGAAAAAAUUCGGGACGUGUUAACCCAACUUGAAAAGCCUGAUGGUUUAUAUCCAAUAUAUUUAAAUCCCAAAACAGGUAGAUGGGGUCAAAGGGAUUAUUCUCUUGGAGCUAUGGCAGAUAGUUUUUACGAGUAUUUACUGAAACAAUGGGUUAUUACGGGCAAAGUAGAUACGAGAACGAAGAAAGAGUAUGAAGAAGCUGUUUUCGCCAUGGAGAAGAAGAUGCUUUUCAAGAGUGAUCAAAGCGAUUUGUGGUAUUUUGCUAAUCUGAAAGGUUCUCGUGUCGAACACAAGAUGGAACAUCUCGCCUGUUUCGCUGGUGGAAUGUUUGCUCUUCAUGCAUCAAAUGAUAACAAUCGAACUGUCGCUGCACAUUAUAUGGAAUUGGCAGAACAUAUAGGUCAAACUUGUCAUGAGUCAUACAUAAGAACAGGCACGGGUAUAGGGCCAGAAGCUUUCCGGUUUACAUCCAGCGUUGAAGCGAAAGCCGUAUCGGUUAGAGAAAAGAAUUAUUAUUUGAGACCAGAGGUUGUGGAGACAUGGUUUUACCUGUGGAGACUAACAAAACAAGACAAAUAUAGAGAAUGGGCUUGGAAUUUCGCUCAAUCUCUUGAAAAACACGCCAAGGCGGAUGCUGGUUAUUCGGGCAUCGAGGAUGUUUAUACAAUUCCCGUGACUAAGGAUGAUGUACAACAAUCGUUUUUAUUCGCUGAGACGCUAAAAUACCUUUAUUUAAUUUUCACAGAAGAUACAGUUCUUCCAUUAGAUCGCUGGGUCUUCAACACUGAAGCCCAUGCUUUUCCGAUAAGAUCGUAA